AUGGAAGCUGUAGAAGAACCGCCACUUAAUAUUCCUAAAGCGGAAACUAUGAAAGUGUGUGUCAUUAGUGACGAAGCCAAAGAGAUCACUGUGGCUUCGGCAGAAACGGAUGUAUGUCAGAAAUCAAACGGUGUCGCCGAUUCGUCUAAAUCGAAAGAAGAACCUACAUUAGAGUCUAAAACCGUGAUAGCACAAGAAAAAAUUAUAAAAAGUAUUAAUAAAAUGGAUAAUAUGCAAAAUAUUACUAAAGAAGAUACUGUACUGAAGCCAGCAACUUCCUCAACCGAAACUGGUACAACACCAGAUCAAAAGGUAGAGAGUGGAUUAGAGGUAGAAGACAUUUCGACUACUGAAAAGUCCUCGGAUAUCAAUGAAGAGCCAUCAAAAGAUGUUGAGACUGAGAAAAAUAUUUAUCCUGUUGAUGAAAAAGAGCUUGUAAUUGAAUCUACUGUAGACCAAGUUACAUUUCAGACUGAAAUCUUAGUUGAGUCAAAUGAUACUGAUGUUAUUGAAACUGUCUGUGAUAGUACUAAAAUUGAAGAACAGGAAACUAAUAAUAUACUCAGUGAACUGGGAACUGGUAUUGAGUUAAGUGAAGCACUGCGAUCUUCAGAUGUAACAGAUAAUGUAGAAAAUAAUAACUGUAGUGGAAGGCAGGAAGUGUUCAAUAAAGAGGAGCUGCUGGAUAUUUUGGAAGGUAAUGAUGAUGAGCAAUGUGAUAGCUUAUUAUCCUCAGGAUAUCCUCCUAUAAGUGGUGAGAAAAUUUUGGAAACCCAAUUAGCAUUACAGCAACUUUCAAGGCUGAAAACUAAGCCAAAAAAGCCUAAAAGUAUUGAGAGAUUCCCUAGAAAGAAGAAGCAAAGAAUAGUGGCACAAAACACCACUCAUAUUCCUGAGGUUAAAGAUGAGAAUAACAUAGUUAAAGUUCUUGUCAAAGAAUGGGAUGAUGAAGAAGGUGCUGAAGUAGAUAAAUCUAAUAAAGUAGUGGAGGAAAAUAAUGACUUGUCACAAAGUUCAAGUGAUGCUUUAAAUUUACAAGAGUCGGUUUCGAAACAAGAUGAUGUCAGAACAUCAAUUGAUUCACAAACAGCUGAUGGGAAUACACCAGGCUUAAAUAAGAGCGGUGAUGAAACUCAACCACAGAGAAGAUUAGGUAGAGUUAUAAAGAAAAAAGUUAUAUUUGAUCCUGAUAACCCAGACACAUAUACUAAAAGUAAAGUAAUUAGUAAAGGUAAGGACCAUAUGCAAGAAAAGGACCAAACUCAAUUUAAGAAAAUGAAAACUGAGCCAACAUUCCAGAGAUCCAAGUCUAAAUCGCCAUUGUCGAAAUUGCAAUGGAAAAAGCCUUCACCAAAAAAUAUCAAACAAAACAAAAGAUUGACUGAGGUUGAUAAAUUAUUGAUGGAUGAAGGUGCCGUUAACAUGAUUUACCAACUCACUCCAGAAGCACCAAAAGGUAAAAAAAAUAUGAAAACCAAGGCAGAGUUUAUAAAAAAAAUUCAGAGCUCAUCAACACCUGAUAUAAAAGAAAUGAAAUUUCGGGAAAGAAAAAAAGAGUCAAAGUAUGAAGACAGUGAAGCUAGACGAAUAUUAGGAGGCAAACAAAGACCUUCUUUAAGUAGUUCUGUAAAAUCACACUGUGUAUCUGAAGACUUUGAGGCACACAGUGCAGAUGACUCAAUCAUAUAUAGGCGUCAUUCAUCAAGUUCCUAUUCAAGUUCAUGUAUGAGUCCACGUCGCUUGAGCGAUGUCGAGAUGACUGGCCAGAUAUCACGCAAGUCUCAAAGCUUAGUUAAUCAUGAGGUAAAUAAUGACAAUCAAACAGUAGACAUGUUUAUGCCUGACAGUGAAGAAGUUGUGAAAAUGGAAAUAAUCAACAAGAAUGACUGUUUAUCUAUAAAACAGAAACUGAAUUCUAAAUUAAACCUUGCACUAAAGAAAAGAAAACGGGAUAAUUCUAAAACUGAGAAACCACCUAAACAAAAGAAAGUAAUGCAAACUGUAGAAAAGACUGCAGACAUUGAAGAGUUCAAAUACUUAUCAAUUGACAUUGAUGGUAAAUUGGCUCUAAUAUGUGUUCAAAAAUCUGGGCCCACAAGUAAUGUAGAGAUGAUCAGAGAGUUAGAAAAAGCAUUCAAAGUCAUUAAUAAUCUUAAAGAUGUAUCUGUAACUUUGUUAUUACCUGAAUGUGGAUCAACUUAUUCAGAUUUAGAUUUAAAAACAUUGUUGGAGGAUAACUCAGAGAAGAGAACAAGCUAUGCCUACAAAAUGGCUGACUCUAUUAGAAUUCUGCUCCAGACAGUAAAACAACAUAGCAAAUUAUUGUGUACGGGAGCCAGUGGCAGAUGCUCAGGCGUAUUGUUGGCGUUAAUCGGUCUUAGUGAUGUUGCUUUGGCUUCAGAACGGGCCAGUUUUGCUGUCUCAAUGAAAUCUCAAAGUGCAGGACUAAUAGAGCCUGGUAUCUCAGUGCUUACUUCAUAUCGCCAUCUACCUGAAUCUGUGCUGAAUGACAUGAUAGUGUUUGGACGGCGAAUGUCUGCGUCUGAUGCUUUACAGAAUGGAUUGCCCAAGUAA